AAAAUUUCAACUUUUUUUUUUUUUUUUUGUUUUAAUUUUCUCUGAGCGUUUCUGGCAAUAUACAAUGCGGAUUUUCGUGAAUCUCCUUCUCUUCUCCUUGUGUCCUCUCGCGUUCUCGAAUGAAAACUCCAGCUCGUAUCUCAUUUCGCGACCAUUGAUCUUCGAGACCCAGCUCAAGAACAUGGACGACAAUGUCAAUCUACAUUGCACGAGCUGGAGAUUCGCGGCGGAGACAAACAAUCUCGCUCCAUGGAAAACCAUUCCAGCUGAAUGCGCCGAUUACGUUUAUCAUUACCUGAUGGGUGAAGGUUACGUCGUCGAUGUGGAGAGAGUCUCCGAAGAGGCUAAGCUCUACGCGAGCAGCUUCCAAUCUAACGCUGACGGGAAAGAUAUUUGGAUUUUCGAUAUUGAUGAGACGCUUUUGUCGAAUCUUCCUUAUUAUAUGGAACACGGUUGUGGGUUGGAAGUUUUUGAUCAUUCCAAGUUUGAUAAGUGGGUGGAGAAAGGGAUAGCACCUGCCAUAGCACCAAGCUUCAAGCUUUACCAAAAGGUUGUAGAUUUGGGGUACAAAGUUAUCUUGCUUACAGGGCGUAGAGAGAACCACCGGGUUAUCACUGUUGAAAACCUGCGCAAUGCCGGUUUCCAUAACUGGGACAAGCUUAUUCUGAGAUCGUUGGAUGAUCGGAACAAAACAGCGACCAUGUACAAGUCAGAGAAGAGGGAGGAGAUGGUGAAAGAAGGGUAUAGGAUCAGAGGCAAUUCAGGUGACCAAUGGAGUGAUUUGUUGGGCUCUGCAAUGUCAGAAAGAUCCUUCAAACUUCCAAAUCCAAUGUAUUAUAUCCCCUGAAGGGAUCAACUAGAAAGCGAAUUAAUCAGAGCAAUUCAGGUUACCAAUACGAGCAACCUACUGUUUUUGAUGUUUUGGUUGCCAUGUAAUCACUUGCUAUAAGUAUAUGUACUAAUGACUGCAUCAGCUUGAGUGUUUAAAUUUACCCUUAAAUUUAUAGCUU